UCGCAAAAAAGUCCCCAGCGAGAGCCAAAACCCGGAAGUGAGAAGUCACAAAUUCUUCGCACUUUCUUUCCACGUCAAAUUUUAGGGCUUGGAAGUAAACUUAAGAGUAAGAUAUGCGGAUGGACUGAUUUUUGGGUGCCUUACCUGCUUUUCUGCAAACGUCGAUCGCCAAUUUUGUGACAACUUGAGCUCGAAAAGUGGAGUGGACACCGAGAUCUCCUGAUCAGGAAAUCAUUUCCUUGCUGUGUAAAACUUGUUUUUGUCGUGGCCAAAAAUAGUCACCACAAACUUCAGCAUGGAGGAUACGGGCGAUGAUAUCUACGAUGAUCCCAAAAGUCUCCAAAGUAACCAGACGUCUGUGAGGGCAAUCGCGCAGAUGUUUGCAAAUCAGCCUAAACCUGCGCCUGCGCCCCACCCUAUUGUACCCAAGAAAACCUGGAAACCUCCAGUCAACAGCGGCGGCACAGCCACUCCCAUCAUCAUGAUGAAACCGCCGACGGCAAAGAAGCCCGCCGUCGCCUCUAAGCCCGAGCCGCACCCCAACAAGCCCGCUGUUCCUAAGAGAUCGCCCGUAAGUCCCGGUUUGAAAGCCGGCGUGGGCAUCUCGAUGGACGAACUGAAAGCAACGAUACAGAAGAAGUCGACUGGAUCUCACUCAGAUCUCACGGGAUCGAAGCCGCAGGUGCCGAGAAGAUCGCCCCAGACUGCUGUCAGUCCGACAAUCCCGCACGUCCCUCUCAAGCACGUGAACAACAGUCCAAAAGCGCCACACGACAACGAGAGAAUACCAGCACCCAAUCGUGCAAGUCCGACAGAAAACGACGGCGGAAAAGCCAUCCCGCAGCCCCUCCCACCGUUGGAGGUUCUCGGUGAACCACCCAAGAAGCCGGGGCGGCCGCCGGAGGUGCAGCUCCCGGAAGUCCAGACAGAGGGACAGAAGAGAUCACUGCCACAUCCACCUCCUGAGCCAGAUGAAGUGUUCGAGGAGGAUGAGGAUGGAGGCAUGUAUGAAGAUGUGGAGACCGCCAGAGCUCGUCUGCAAAAGGAGAGACAAGAGGCUUCAGGCUCAGACAUAAGGCCAAUGGAAGAGGAAGAUGAGGAGGAUGUAUAUGAGGAUACAGAGAACCGCCCUCCCCCACUACCCAGCCCAAGAACUCCUGGUUUUCCACUGCCGUCGCCUGUCCCCUCUUCCCUGCAUGGUAUGGCCCUCCCUGCCACGCCCAAACACAAUGAACCUGAACCUGAGGAAGAUGAUGAGACAUACGACGACAUCCGCCCCAACCAGGGUAGGAAUGAUAGUGAGGAGGAAGGAGAGGAUGAGGACCUGUAUGAGGGACUGGAUGAAGUUCAGGAGCAGGUCUCACAGCUGGACAGAAGGAUGGGGACUUUCUCUCACCUUCCUUUUCGCCUUUGGGGUUCAAAUGGUAGUACUCCUGUCAAUGGUAAAAGUGAGUCGUCAGAGGACCUCCUGGAUAAGGACAAAAAGGCUCGCAAGAAGGAUGAGAAACUUCGGAAGGAGCAGGAGAGAAAGGAGCAGAAGGAGAGGGAGGAGCGAGAGAAAAGGGAGAAGAAGGAGGCGAAGAAGAGAGAGAAGGAGGAAAAGGAGGUGAAGAAAAAAUUCAAGCUCCGCCCUGAUGACAAACUGGAGACACUGAGCCGAGGCCGGGUAUUACACGUUCCUGACAAGACCACGAAACACGACAAGCUGGACCUUCUGGUGAAGCAAGGCGAGCUUCUGACCGUGGUGAAAAUGGAGGACUGUCCUGAGGGGAAGUGGCUGGCCAGGAAUACAGAUGGCAGAUAUGGUUAUAUUGUAGCAAACAGUCUUGAGAUGGAUACACAGUCAGUAAAGAGUUCUAGCAGCAGCUUCAUGGGAGCAGAAGAUGAGUAA